AUGGCAACAGGCGUCGAUGCAAAGCUCUUGAAGAGCACGAAGUUUCCUUCAGACUUCAAUAAGAAAGUUGACAUGCAAAAGGUCAAUCUGCAAGUCAUGAAAAAAUGGAUUGCAAGCAGGAUUUCCGAAAUUCUCAAUGAUGAUGACGAUGUCGUUAUUGAGCUUUGCUUCAAUCUUAUUGAAGGUAGUCGAUAUCCGGAUAUCAAGUCCUUGCAGAUUCAGCUCACGGGAUUUCUCGACAAAGACACGGCCGAUUUUUGCAAGGAGCUUUGGAAGCUCUGCCUGAGCGCCCAGGCGAGCCCUCAAGGCGUGCCAAAGGAGCUUCUCGAAGCAAAGAAACAGGAGCUCAUCCAAGAAAAGCCGCGGAAGAAGCGCGCCAGCGACGCGAAGACAUGGAUCGCAAAGACCGGGAACAGGCUAAUGUACGCGACCGUGAAAGGAGAGAGCGAUUCCGCGGAAGAGGCGAUGGUUGGCGAGGCGGGCGAAGGGGCGAUCAUAUCUCGGAUGGUGGCCGAAGGGGCGGAUUUGGCCGUGGUGGAAACCACGACCGGUCACCUCCUCGGCAUCGGGACUCGAAGGAUGCGUUUGGCGGCGGUGACCGAUAUGUCCCGCGAGGUAGCCGCGGAGGAGCCCGCUAUAGCGGCCGAAGGCGGUCCCCUUCGCGGUCUCGCUCCCGAUCUAGAUCUGCAUCAGACACAGCUUCAGCCCGUUCACCCUCCCGAAGCCCCGCACCGCAGCGAACUCGCCGAUCAGGCAACCGAGAGUCUAGUCCAAGGAGACGCCAGCCACCAAGAGACAGCUCCCGAUCACGGUCCCGGCCCCGACGGCGACGGCGAAGCCCCUCGCCCAAUUUUCUCGAGAACGUGGGCCGAGCUUGGCCGUGUUCGGGUCUCCUUCAUGCAAAUCUCUCGCAACACGGUAGACGAAAUCGAGGUCCGUGACAACGGGUGCGGCAUCCAUGCUAAAGAUUUCCAUGCGCUGGGGCGACGAGCACACACGAGCAAACUAAGGACCUUCCAGGAACUACCCAGCGUUGGCGCCUCAAGCCUCGGUUUCCGAGGCGAGGCUCUCGCUUCAGCAAACUCCUGUGGUGAUGUUGUGAUGAUCACCCGCACAGCGGCAGAAGAAGUAGGCUACCAUCUACGCCUCAACGCCAGAGAGGGAGGCAUCGCCGAACAGAGGAACACGGCAGCUCGAGUCGGAACGACGGUUCGAAUCACCAAUCUAUUUGCGAAGCUGCCCGUUAGGAAGAAAAUAGCUCUUGAGGCAAGCUCCAAGUCGUUGUCGGAUAUCCGUCAUCUGCUCCAGAAGUAUGCCUUGGCUAGGCCUCAUAUCCGUUUGCAAUUCAAAAUCACAAAUGAACACAAGUUCUCAUGGAGCUACUCUCCGUGCAGUCCGCCCAGUCUUGAAGAGGCAAGUUUACAGUGCUUUGGGAAAAGCCUCGCCGGCCAGUGCCACUUGAUUCGCGCAACAGAGUCCUCCGUCUGUCCGGACGCCCAGCUUAUAGAGGAGCUGAUGAGCAUUACCGCGGCCUACAGAUCACACAUAGCAAAGUUGUCGACGAAAGAUGGAUACCGCGUUGUCGAUCCAUUUCUCCGGCUAGAUAUAAAAUGCCCGCAGGGUAUCUAUGACGUGAAUGUCUCCCCUACUAAAGACGAAGUAAUCUUCACGGAUGAGGCGAGGGUGCUUAGAGUAGUGAAUGAAGUGUUCGAAGAGUAUUACAAGUCGGCAGAUGUGUCGUCCAAACCCGCUGACCCGACCGUCUACGUUCCUUCCUCGGAGGACCUCCUCGAACUACAGUCCCUAGCAGAUAAGGACGAAACAUACUCUGCGCUGCUUGAGCCGCUAUGCGCCUUUUCCCCAUCGCCCCCACCGCAUGAGCCCGAAAACGAGGUUUCACUAGCUGUUAAUGAGGCAAUCAAAGAUACCAUUCAGGUCUCCAAUGCGUGGUCUGUAAACAUGGGCGUAGACUGUGAUGCCACGGAGGAGGAGGCAGUGGCUCAAAAGACACAGUCAGUGUCGGUGAUUGAACAGAUUCGCCAGGGAGCGCAACGGGGAGCAGGGAGUGCGCCUAAUAUAAUUCCGGCCCUAGAAGGGGUAGGGAACAAUAUGAGGAGUCGGUUGGCCCUAGGCUCAGGCAGUAACGGGAUUCUGGCAAGUGGUUCGAGCUCAGCCACCUCGAAACAAGAUGGUAAUAUGAACUCGCCGGAGCUAGGUCCUCGGCCUGGGCAUUUGGCAUGGCAAAAGGAUACCCACGUCAACACCAGCUCUAAUUCCCGGGCACAUAUUGCGGAACGUGAUAUUCUGCCAGGGGCUAUACCUGCCAAGGGAUACCUUGACCGAGAGGAGGAGACUUGCUUGACUGUACUACAGGGCAACACCCUCGAUAGUUUUGAAGCGCUGGUGUCACCCCCGGCACUACAAAGGCUUCAAGCACCUUAUGUAUCGAAGAUGGCCUCAUCGUUUACCAAACGGGGCAGGGAUAACAUGGGAGCCUCCCAGAUUCCGGCCAGCUCCUCCAAGUAG